GCUCGCUCGCUCGCAAGAUGGCGGACGAGGACGGGGAAGGGAUUCACCCUUCAGUCCCUCAGCGGAACGGCGGCGGCGGCGGCGGCGGGUCCGGGCUCCUGGGCGCCGGGAACGGCGGCGGGGGCGGCCCGCGGGUGGUGCGCAUUGUCAAGUCUGAGUCCGGCUAUGGCUUCAACGUGCGGGGCCAAGUGAGCGAGGGCGGGCAGCUGCGGAGCAUCAACGGGGAGCUGUACGCGCCGCUGCAGCAUGUGAGCGCCGUGCUGCCCGGGGGGGCGGCCGACCGGGCCGGGGUGCGCAAAGGGGACCGCAUCCUGGAGGUGAAUGGCGUGAAUGUGGAAGGGGCAACACACAAGCAGGUGGUGGAUCUGAUCCGAGCUGGUGAAAAGGAAUUGAUCUUGACAGUGUUAUCUGUACCUCCUCAUGAGGCAGAUAACCUUGAUCCCAGUGAUGACUCAUUGGGACAGUCCUUUUACGACUAUACGGAAAAGCAAGCGGUGCCCAUAUCAGUCCCCACAUAUAAACAUGUGGAGCAGAAUGGCGAGAAGUUUGUGGUGUACAAUGUUUACAUGGCGGGAAGGCAGCUGUGCUCUAAGCGGUACCGGGAGUUUGCAAUCCUGCACCAGAACCUUAAACGAGAGUUUGCCAACUUUACUUUUCCUCGCCUGCCAGGGAAGUGGCCGUUUUCAUUAUCAGAACAGCAGUUGGAUGCCCGACGUCGUGGGUUAGAGGAGUACCUGGAGAAAGUAUGUUCGAUACGAGUCAUUGGUGAGAGUGACAUCAUGCAAGAGUUCCUCUCGGAGUCAGAUGAGAACUACAAUGGCGUCUCUGAUGUCGAACUGAGAGUGGCUUUGCCAGAUGCUACCACAGUGACGGUCCGAGUUAAAAAGAACAGCACCACAGACCAGGUGUAUCAGGCUAUCGCAGCAAAGGUUGGCAUGGACAGCACGACCGUGAAUUACUUUGCCUUGUUUGAGGUGAUUAAUCACUCCUUUGUACGUAAGCUGGCUCCCAAUGAAUUCCCUCACAAGCUCUAUGUCCAGAACUACACAUCAGCUGUGCCAGGCACCUGCCUGACUAUCCGAAAAUGGCUCUUUACUACAGAAGAGGAGGUUCUUCUGAAUGAUAACGACCUCGCAGUUACCUACUUCUUCCAUCAGGCUGUUGAUGACGUGAAAAAAGGUUAUAUCAAAGCAGAGGAAAAAUCAUACCAGUUGCAGAAGCUGUGUGAACAGAGGAAGAUGGUUAUGUACCUCAACAUGCUUAGGACCUGUGAGGGCUACAAUGAGAUUAUCUUCCCCCACUGUUCCUGUGACUCUAGGCGGAAGGGACAUGUCAUCACAGCCAUCAGCAUCACGCACUUUAAGCUACAUGCCUGCACGGAAGAAGGGCAGCUUGAGAACCAGGUAAUAGCCUUUGAGUGGGAUGAGAUGCAGCGAUGGGACACUGACGAAGAGGGAAUGGCUUUCUGUUUUGAAUAUGCGCGAGGAGAGAAGAAGCCUCGAUGGGUUAAAAUCUUCACACCCUAUUUCAAUUACAUGCACGAGUGCUUCGAGAGGGUGUUCUGCGAACUCAAGUGGAGGAAAGAGAACGCCUCUCCAUCACUGCUAACUCAGGUGGACUGGGAAUCAGACUUUGCAGAGCUCAAGAAUGUGCUGAAAGUUUAAAGUUGCAGGAAGUGAAUCCACAUUUGAAGGCUUUUAUACAAGAUUGUCUUUUUCAUUUUGGUUUUUAACCAACUUAGGACUGAGCCAAAAGCUUUGGAAAGAGAAUAUGCUGGCCUCCUCCUCCAAGCCACUAGGGGGUUUUUGGCCAGAGUUUUGUUCACAUUUCAAGAUGAUUGAAACCUGCCCCUCUCUGUCGUGGGGAGGGACAGACCAACCAGAGAAUCCUCGAAUGGCAGAAUUGCUGGCUGCAGAAUAGUGAGAGAGACAUAGUUAAUGUCAUUUGGAUUUGUCUGCCCUCUUUGCAUGGUAAUAUAAAGACAACAUUGGGGAGGAAGUGUGAGGUAUCCAUGCCUUCCAGAUAAUGUACUCUUGAUUUUCUUUUCAGUUUCCCCUCUGUAUGAGUUCCCCCCAUCUCUACAGUAUGCUGCAGCUGCCAUAGUCCCUUCCUGACACUGUAUGUUUAUCCCUUUAUGCUUGGGCAUUCAGGGAAUGGAGCCCUAGGGAAAGAUGCCAGGAAGGCUGGAUGUGAUGGUCUGUGGGCAGUCCCCUCUUGAAGCUGCGUCAUGAACAAAGCAUCCCAUUUGCAGUGGAGAGGAAGAGACCUUGUCUGCUGUGCUGACCUUUCCCCCUCUCACUGUACCUCAGGUUUCUGGUGGCAAAGGUCAGCGUGGCCCCAGGAUCCUGUAGGUUAGGAAAAUGAGCCCAUCUCUCCACGAGCCCGUGUUAGGCCUGACAUCCUCCCUCUCAUUUGUAGUUCCCUCUGCUUUCCGUCUUGAGGGUGGCACAGCCUAUAUGUACCCCAACUAGAGCCAGCAGGGUCUUCCCGGUCCCCUCCCACUUCCUCCCACUCUGUUUGGCUCCCGAGUAGUUUUUGUUCUCUGAGACAAGUGCUGAGAGCUGUGGGGAAACAGAGGAAAAGAGCAGACCUCAGCACACUCCUGCACUUUAGGGAGGUGCCCUUUGGCCAGGCCUCCCGUCUCCCAAGGCCCAUGAUCUUUAGCUAGUCUCUGACUUUAUUCUUUGCCUAAGCAUCGGAUGGUUUUUAAUGGUCUCAUGCUUUUCCUAUCCUCACUCCUAAAUCCCAUAGGGAAUUGGCUCAGCUACGGUACAGAUCUAGGGGUGCUCGUGUUAGCUUCUUGGCCUGAGCUCUCAUGGAGAAAUUAGAAUCAAAGGUCCAAAGCCCCAACCCUGGCCUACUUAAGUAACUUCUGUUGACUGCUCCAGGUGAGCCACUUACAGGCUUACCUUUUAGGUCCGAUUCAGUAUCUGGAACAGCAGGCUGAGGCCCUCAGAAGGGCUUUCUUUUUCUGUCCCAUUCCCUGACUCCAUCAGCCUAGGGGCCUGGCUCUUGGGCAGCAUUUUUCCCCAAGGGUUCCCAGUCCUGGGUGACUUGUAGACCUGCUGUGGCUGCUCUUCUGUUCAGGAGAUUGUCACACCCUAAGGCUGUGGGCUAGUUUGAUUGUUAGCACGUGAGGGCCCUAUGGUUGAAUCUCAUUAUGCCCUCCUAGUAUUCCUUUCCAUGUUUAGUGGCACUUUAUCUUGGGGAUGAGGAAGAUGUGGUGUGCAUAUAGGAAGAGGACAUUUUUGACCUUAGUGGUGGGUGUUGGGGAUAUACUGAGCUCCCCUUUCCCUCCAGUCUUCCUGUACCACUUCCUCUGUCCCUCCACACCAUCCUCUCCCGGAUCCAGGCAUGUCUUCAGGCCUCAUUCAUCCCAGGACAGCAUUGGCUUGCUCUCCACAGUAAUAAUUUGGAAUGCAUGGACAGUUAGAACUAUGGAAAGGAACCCUAAAAGGAGAGAGGGAGAAUGUGGGGUGGGAAGUUUGGGGCCAACUGCU